UUUGUACGCCUGGCAGCCCCGUCCUUCUUUCUUUUUCCACAUCAUGGCGGACCGGUUCAAUAAGGUUCUGCUGCUUGAUGGCAGAGGUCAUCUCCUGGGUCGCCUGGCUGCCAUCGUGGCAAAGCAGAUCCUGCUUGGCCACAAAGUGGUGGUUGUGCGAUGCGAAGGAAUUAACAUCUCUGGGAACUUCUACCGCAAUAAAUUGAAGUACCUGGCAUUCCUGCGCAAGAGGAUGAACACCAACCCAUCCCGUGGUCCAUUCCACUUCAGAGCUCCCAGCAGGAUCUUCUGGAGGACUGUGAGAGGUAUGCUUCCUCACAAAACCAAGAGGGGACAGGCUGCCCUGGAGAGGCUGAAGGUGUUUGAUGGGAUCCCCCCUCCAUAUGACAAGAGAAAGCGCAUGGUGGUUCCUGCUGCCUUGAAGAUUGUUCGCCUGAAGCCAACACGCAAGUUUGCUCUGCUUGGCCGCCUUGCUCAUGAGGUUGGCUGGAAGUACCAGGCCAUCACAAACACCCUGGAGGAGAAAAGAAAGGCAAAAUCCAAGCUCUUCUACAAGAAAAAGAAGACUGAACUGAAGCUGAAGAAGUUGGCAGAAAAGAACGUGGAGAGCAAAAUUGCCAAAUACACCGACAUUCUGAAACAAUAUGGUGUCCUUGUAUAAAAUGGCUUUGACUUCUCAUAAAAUAAAUGUUUAUAGAAAUUCAA